CGUGAGAGGUGGGACAGUAAGCUGUUGAAGUUGAUUCCAUCAUGAAGUACUUAGCGUGUGCACUGCUCUCGUUGGCGCUGAUUCCGGCUUUGAUCAGCGCUUACCCCGGCACUGUGGUUGUAAAUGGUGUUUGCCUGACGUGUCCCAAUCCCCACGGAGAUCCAGUGUAUUUGGAUGGCCAGGAGUACCGCAGCUUCUCCUCACCCGACAGCAAUGGCAAUGUGGUCAUUUCACGCGGAGGAGGAGGUGGAGGCGGAAGCUACAGUGGUGGAGGAGGCGGCACUAUCUACCGUAGAGGCGGCAACACCAUCGUCAAUGGUCGCUGUCAACACUGCAAUGUGGAUAUCUAACCGCGUAACCACACCUAAGUGAACUAUUAAGUUUAGUAAAAACAUUUAGAAUUUUGUAUUUAC